AUGGCAGCGACCACGCGAGCGACCACGCCCUCCUACCCUGCUGAGCCCUUCGUCUCCCUCGAGGGCGCGCCGCGCACACCGACGUCUCUAUCGUCAACCGCCGGGCCGACCUCGACGAGUGCCGGACCUGAGAUCCCCAACCUGCUACGCGCACAAUCGCAGCAACAGGCAGAUCCGACGAGACUCAGCCUGUCGCCAAAGUCGUUAGACAAGACGCGACUGUCGCCGGGCAGGCUUGCGUCCUUGCCUUUGACCGGAGCUGCCGCGAUGGCUGAGAUGAAGCGCAGGAAACAGCAGGCACACGCACAUGCACAACAGCAGGCAGAGCAGAAUUCGCGACAGACAAGCCCAAAUCCUGCAGCACAAGCGUUGCAUUCACUGAUAGGUGCUGGAGGCAUGAGUCGAGCAGCAGAUGCGCCUGCUCCGAAGCUUAGCGAGCCCUUGCGGACAGUGGCCGAACACAUUCAACUACCCGACAACAACGCGCAAACUGGCAGUGACGACCAAAUCAGUCCCGUCAGUUUGGGCAGCUUCGGCACGUUGGAGAGCUCGGCAGGCGCGAAUGCGGGCAACAGCAACGCCGCGAUGGCAGCCACAGCGAACAAUCAAAAUGCCGCCUCAGGUCAACAAUUUGUGGCUGAGCCCGACGAAAUGAACGAUGCCAACAACUACCAGGACAGCAACCGCAAUCUCGCGGUACCUGAUCAACAGGGCGACAAGGCAAUAUCAUUUUCCUAUCCAGGGCCGCCGCCUCAACAGGACGACAACCAGCAGGGAGGACCAUCGCGCGGCAUGAGCCUUCCGGGAUACGGCCAAGGUAGUCCAAAAUCACCCGCCUCAAACAAGCGACACAAGUGCCCGUACUGCUCCACGGAUUUUACUCGCCACCACAACCUCAAAAGCCACCUGCUGACCCACAGUCAAGAAAAGCCGUACGUUUGUCAGACCUGCCAAGCGCGGUUUCGCCGACUGCACGACCUCAAACGCCACACAAAGCUUCACACAGGCGAACGGCCACACACGUGCGACAAGUGUGGACGGCGUUUUGCACGUGGAGACGCGCUCGCCAGACAUAAUAAAGGACCUGGUGGAUGUGCUGGCCGACGGUCUAGCUUCGGCGGCGACGACGAAUUUGGCGACGACGGCGGCAUGGAAGGCAUCGAGUAUGACGAUGAUGAAGGGAACGACGAACAAGGUCGACGCGUAAGCGAACCAAAUCGUAAACGCCAGCAUCUUGAAACGCCCCAAGACCCCAACAGGCAGAUCUAUCGCCAACAUUCAACGACAUACCCGCCAGCGCAUACGCAAGCCAUGAGAGGUAGCAUGGGACCUCCGCAGGUUGUCCACCCAGGCUCCAACAGUACCACAUCGCCGCGAGAGAUGUCAGGUCAGCCAAGUCCUGCUGGUGGCUCGUCCAUUGGUUCAUAUUAUGGAUCUGGACAAGUGUUCGCAGAGCCAGGCGUUAUGACACAGUCGCCGAAGCCCCUAUCACCUGGUCAGCCACCUGAUCAACAGCGGCUUAGCGUUGGCGAGCAAGGCGGGAUGCGCAAUCGUUCUACAAGCUUGACCACGCAGUUUCAACAAGCCCACUUUGGCCGUCAACCAGGUAGUGGCGGUGGCAGAACGCCACCCAUGCAGAAUGCCCAGUUCCCACCAGGUCAUGCACCACCCUCUAACAUCUUGCCUCCACUUGGCGCGGGCAAUCCACAGCGUCAGCCGUCGUCCAUGCCCGGGGCGCCUAAUAUGCACGGACAUCAGCAAGCGCCUACUGCCGCCAUCAACUCCAAUCCUGGAAGCCAUUCCAGCCAUGGCCGAUCUUCUGGGAGUAGCAUGCGGGACAUGAUGCAGAACCCCGAAGACAUUUGGGGUUACGUUCGCCAGCUCGAAUCACGCUUUAGUAGAAUGCAAGACGAGUACGAGCUUCGAAUCAGCCGCAUGCAAGACGAACUGAUCUCGCUCAAGGGGCAGGUCAGUCAAAUGUCCAACGCUGGCAGUUAUACCAGCAACAUGGACCGGCCUUACCCGUGA